AUGGCUGGCCAAUCUUCCUUUAGACAGCAGCUCUAUGGCCUGAGCAUUGUAAUAUUAACACUGCAGUGUCCUUAUGUCCUUUGCAAACCGACGGCGCAAGAGGGCGCAGCUCUAAUCCUGGCCCAGUCAAAUCGCCUUGUGCCCGACUAUGUCACUCGAUACGCACCGCUCGUUUGGCUUCACUCAGACGACCCAUUUCGACCAGCAGACUUGCUCCAACACAUCCGCCAUACGGCCCCAGCGAUCAACCAGACGACCAUCCCCAAUCUGCCCGAGCUCGACCUUGACAACCUCGCCAUCCUCAAUGACAUUGUCGGCGGCAAAGUCGCCUUAACGUCCAAUGACGACAUCACGACGUUGCCUGCAUGGCUGUAUGGUUCCAGUCCGGACGAGUCUGGCCGCAUCGCAAACGCCACACCCUGUGUUGUUAUUCUGGUCGAACACAAUGCUCGGACCGUUGACGCCUUCUACUUCUACUUCUACUCCUACGAUCGAGGCGCGAAUAUCACACAGGUCCUGGAGCCUCUUAAUCGCUUGAUUGAGGACACAGAGCAUGGAAUGCACUUUGGAGAUCACGUUGGCGACUGGGAGCAUAAUAUGAUCCGCUUUCGCGAUGGAAAGCCCAUCGGCAUCUGGUAUAGUCAGCAUGUAACUGGUGCUGCAUAUAAGUGGGAUCACAAGGCGCUUUCAAUGAAGGAUGACCGACCCUUGGUCUUCAGCGCAUACGGUUCUCACGCGAAUUAUGCCUCGCCUGGGGAUCACAUCCAUGAUUCAGCGCUGAUUGACUAUUGCGAUGCUGGACGGCUCUGGGAUCCCGUUCUCUCGGCGUAUUUCUAUCACCUCAAUCCUGCCACUUUCCAAUUGACGCACCUCUUCCAGUCCGAAUCCAACGUGUCCAAAGGAUCAAACUUGACGUCUUUCUUCUACUAUACUGGACUUUGGGGUGACGCGCAGUAUCCCGAUAGCGAUUCUCGUCAGAAAACUGUCCCUCAUUUCGGUCUCAAGAGAUUCGUCUCAGGACCGCAGGGGCCGAUUUCUAAGCAACUCGUGCGAAAAAAGUUGUCUCCCAAUCAUCCAGGGAAGAUAACUUGGAUGCAGUGGAUGUGUGUUGCCAUUAGUGAGACGUAUCUUCGAGGACCUCUUAUCUACGGAAUACCAACCGCAGCAUGCACCCUCACGACCGCACACAUUACGGCAUACGGACUUCGCAAUCUGAAGGAGAGUUCGAGGAUGGGGCACCUGAUUCCGCUUCAUGGAUAA